AUGGUGUUGGGUAUCUUGGUAUUGGAACAAUUUAUUAUUUUGAUUUUAUUAGUGAAAGCAUGUCCACCAUUAAAUAAGCCACGUCAUGGUUCCAUAUCUUGUACUACAGAAAAUUUUGUUUUUGAAACGGAAUGCCACUUUUCGUGUGAUCCUGGAUAUACUCUUGUUGGCUCAAAGGAAAGAACUUGCUUAGCUAUAGCAUUGUGGGACGGAUUACCUGCUCUCUGUAGAUCUAUAAACUGCCCAUCAUUAUCUCCACUAGCAAAUGGCAUUAUUACACCUAGCAAAUGUACUCAGGGUAAAAAUAAAUUUGGUGAAAUCUGUCAGUUUGACUGUAAAGAAGGAUUUGUUUUAAAUGGACCAAGUAGUAAACAAUGUAUUGAUCCUGGAAUAUGGAGUUCAGAAAACAUCCAGAGCACUUGUGUUGAUGUUCAACCACCAGUAAUAAAAUGUCCAGAAAAUAUUGUUGUGGAUGCUGAGGAAAAUGAAGCAAGUGCUUUGGUUAAGUGGGAAAUACCAUUGGCUGUUGACAACAGUAGAGAUAUUCCUACAAUUUCAGUAAUCCCUGCUAUUAUCCCACCAAGAAGGUUUCAUAUUGGUGUUUCUACAAUUACAUAUAUUGCAGAAGAUAAAAAUAAAAAUAAAAAAGCAUGUAAUUUCACUGUGACAGUAAGAGAUACACAACCUCCAGUUGUUGAUAAAUGUGUAAGUCCUCCGACAUUUCUUUCGAGAGAAAUUCCUGUUGAUGUUUCUUGGGAAGAACCAAUGUUUUCUGAUAACUCUGGUGGCAAAGUGACCAUAUGGAGAUCACAUGAACCAGGUUAUUUUUCUCUUGGUGAAACAUCAGUAAUUUAUGAAGCACACGAUGAAGCAGGAAAUAAUAAUACUUGUAUAAUAAAUAUUGUUGUCCAAGAGCCGCAUGUGGCUCGCAAGCUGCAGGUUGCCUACCCCUGUCUUAGACCCAUUUCGGAUAAGGCCAUGUCUCCAACAAAACUUCUUGAAAAAGUGGUCCAUAACAUUGCAUCGGACCAUAUGAGGGAUUAUGAUCUAAACGUCAAGCGCCCCAAAGAACUUAUAGGACUAUUAAGACAAACACAGGUAAUGGAUUUGGCCCACAUCACAGUAUGUGACUUUAUAUCGUUAUACCCUUCAAUUAAGUUACAACUGUGCUUUUGUGCUCUGAGGGAUCUCCUAUUGACCAAAUUCAGAACACCUACACAUCACAAACAGAUCUUGGAACCAGCGCAUCUCAUGUGUUACAACUUUAUAUUCCAGUUUAACAACAGGACCAAUCUACAAAAAUGUGGGGACCCAUGGGCAGCCUGCUGUCUGGCGACUUAUAUGAGAUGGUAUUACGUAGAUUAG